AUGGCUCCUCUCAUUCGAAGUCUAUUUUUCUUUACUACUAGCGGAGCUGAAGGACGGACAACCAGCUCGAGAAACCCAGCGCGUACUGCAUCGGUUUUAGAUUCGGACCACAAUCACUGCCAACGUCGACGACAGUCUAGUCACCCUAAGGAAGGAGACGAAUAUAGGCGCCAUCGACGAAAGUCUCAUCGAACCCAUUCUACGGAGGACAAGUCCGAAAAUGCCUCCCGAGAGAACCACAGGGCUCAGAAAGGUUCCGCAACUCCCAAAAAGACUCAUUCUCGCAGAGAUCUCUCAUCGACCGUGUCAAUGUCAAUGCCAGUACACCCAAGCAUUAUUAGCACAGCCCGUCCAACGGUGUCUUCUAGAGGAAAGACAAAGGAAUCGGUUCGCAGGGAUCCACUCAAACGAAGCGCUACACAACGCGCCGUAGCGGAAUCGUGGAUGAAACCCAGUCCUUCCCCGAUAUCCCUCCCUCUUCGACUCGGUGAGCAGUCAGAUUGGAACCUUGCAAAAACGGCUCUCAGAUCAUCAGCCCCAAAAACCAAGUCUGGAAAACAAGUGUCCCCUGCAAAGCAAGGGAGAAAGGGUGGGGGAGUCAAAACAAUUACGUCUCCCACAUCGUUGCCGGAAAAGACAGUUACAUGCUUAACGUGUUUCGACGACAUCCCCGUGAGCAAAGCCGCCCAGCUUUCCUGUUCCCACAGCAUGUGUGAAGACUGCCUUAAGCGCUUGUUUACAUUGUCUGUAACUGACCCGCAACACAUGCCCCCAAAAUGCUGCACAACCGAUCACAUUCCUCUUAAGCACGUCGACAACCUAUUUGACAUAGAAUUCAAGAUCAAGUGGAACAAAAAAUACAAGGAAUACACCACCAAAAACCGAUUAUACUGUCCUUCCAAAGGCUGCGGAGAGUGGAUCAAGCCCAGCAACAUCCAUAUCGACACCGGCGGCGGCGCCACAGGCGGUCGCAGAUUCGGCAUAUGUGUGAGCUGCCAUACUAAAGUAUGCGGGCUGUGCAAUGGAAAAUGGCACAUCGAUGGCGAGUGCCCAAAGGACGAUGAGAUGAAACGCUUCGUCGAGACGGCCAGGGAAAACGGCUGGCAGCGUUGCUACAGCUGCUCGGCCAUGAUCGAAUUGACUGAAGGCUGUAACCACAUGACCUGCCGCUGUGGAGCUGAGUUCUGCAUCGUAUGCGCUGCCAGGUGGAAGACGUGCGCGUGUCCCUGGUUCAAUAACUUCAGGCACAUCCUGAUGGAGGACCCAGACGAUGUAGUUCCCCCGCAGGUCCCGCUACCGCAGAACAAUCCGUAUUUUGAUCAUGUGGAUUUGGCUGCUAUUGCUGCUGCUUAUUAUGGGCAAAUUCAUGUCGGUUACCUGGCGAAUCCCAAUGAGCCGCUUUUCCAACCGAGAGCGGGGCGUGAGGCAGUGCCGUUUGGGGGCAAUGGCAAUGGAGGUUUCGUCGCGCCAUUUGAAGAUAUGGGCGGGUAUGGUGAAGUUCCUCAAGCUGCUCCGGUUCACACAUAG